CAAGGCCCACCUCAAGCCCAUGGAGCGCAACAAGCACGCGGCUCUCGCCCACUACCUUGAGCGGGCCAAUAAGACUCUCGACGAGGUGAGGGAGGCCCAGAGGCCUCAAAUCCGAGAGCUCAUGGACGCGUACGAUAGCCUAGAGGAGUCGUGGACGGACGAGGACUGGUUUUUGGAUCAAAUGAUCGUUGAUGGAUGUUUCUUUGUUGAAAUGAUGGUGUGGGGAAAUGACGAGCUCUAGAGGCGGUACAUGAAUCGUGGCCUGUGGAUGGACAUGCGCAGGAUUGAAAAUCAGUUGCCGCUCCUGCUUCUUGUUAUCUUGAUUGAAAUUGGAGGUCACGAGGUUGAGGAUUCCAAGAGCUUCAUAAGAAAUUGUGACGAAGUCCCCGACACCGAACUGAAAACCAUUAGAGGAAAAGGUCGGCACUUGCUCGACAUUUCAAAAAGGAAAAUGACUGCGGGAGGAAACUACAUCCAUGACCGCGACUUGGCUGUCCGCACCGCAACAGAGCUCUUCCAAGUGGGGGUGAGCUUCAAGCUAGCUGAUAGCAUCUGUUACAGCGACAUCAGCUUAACAAACGGAGUCCUGAAGCUCUCUCAUCUAUACUGCUACAGUAACACCGAGAACAUGUUCCUCAAUUACACUGCCUACGAGCAUAUACAUAAAGGUACGGAUAGUGCAGUGAGUAACUAUGUCUUAUUUAUGGAUAAUAUCAUCGACACAGAUAAAGAUGUGACGCUGCUCAGGAAGGCAAAGGUAGUGUCUUGCACGACUGGAAGUGAUAGCGAAAUUGCUUCCCUCUUCAAUCGUCUCACCCAGGGAUUGCCUCUCUUGGAUAAGAUCCAUGUCCAAAGUGAGAAUGUGAAUAUGAAUAUUGAAAAUUACUGCAAUAGGAGGUGGCAUAAGUGGCGUGCAAUUUUCAUCCAGACUUACCUUAGCAAUCCUUGGGUUUUCAUCUCGCUUUUGGCAGCAUUUGUCCUCUUGGUUCUGACCGUUAUCCAAACAACAUACACAAUCAUGCAUUUCUAUAAAAGCUCUUGAUCUAGAAGGAUCUUGUAGGAUUCUGGAUAUAUGGAUGUACAAGUUGUAACAUUUAUGAUCGCUUAACAAACAAUUAUAAUUUGUUUUGAAUU